AUGGACAUGAUUUGCGGGUCCUAUUAUUUCCCCAAAAAAAACAAAGGCGAUGACGCCCACUUCAUAUGUGCACAAGAGCGGACUAUUGGUGUAGCAGAUGGCGUUGGUGGUUGGGCAAAGCUUGGUGUGGAUGCUAGCCAGUACGCAAGAGAACUCAUGCGCAACUCGAUCAAGUCCGUCAAAAAGCAGCAAGCUUUUGGAGGCGUUGACCCAAGAAGGGUUUUGAACGAAGCGUAUGUAAAGACCAGGUGUAAGGGGUCCUCAACCGCUUGCAUUCUUACCCUUAAAGACAAAGGAGUUUUGCAUUUUGUGAACGUUGGGGACAGUGGUUUCAUGGUGCUUAGAAACUACAGACUCUUGUACAUGUCUCCACGUCAACAGCAUGGGUUUAACCAUCCGUACCAACUGGGAUACAGCACCCGCUUUGAUAAUCCUCGUUCGGCUACGAAGAUCAAAAUUAGGGUUUUUCCAGGGGAUAUUUUAGUACUUGGGACUGAUGGGUUGUGGGAUAACAUGUAA